AUUUCUGUCCCGUUUGUUUUUAUUGAUUUUUCCAAUUGCGACGGAUAAAUCAGUGUGAGAAAGAUCUUGUCAAAAUAUUGUAAUUGAACUAAUUUGGUGCGAUAGAAAAUUAAUUUGUAAGCGACAAUAAUAAAAAUGACGGACACUUCAAAUCAGUCAAAUAAUGACAAAAUUGCGGCAUUAACCAAAGAAGCCGAAAAUUUAAAAAUAAAAUUGGAAGAAGAGCGACAAAAGCUAAACGAUGUCUCAUUGUCAUCCGUAGCCGAACGCUUGGAAAUGAUAACAUUCAUAAAUAUCAAGCCACGACGUGUGCUGAAAGGACAUCAGGCAAAAGUGCUAUGUUCAGAUUGGUCACCAGACAAGCGACACAUUGUGUCAUCAUCGCAAGAUGGUAAAUUGAUUGUUUGGGAUGCAUUCACAACAAGCCGAGAACAUUCGGUUACGAUGCCAACAACAUGGGUGAUGGCCUGUGCAUACGCACCAUCUGGCAAUUUGAUUGCAUGCGGUGGACUUGAUAACAAGGUCACAGUGUAUCCCGUGAAUUCCGAUGAUGAAAUGCAAUCAAAAAAGAAAACAGUUGGUACGCAUACCAGCUAUACGUCUUGCUGUAUUUUUCCAAAUUCGGAUCAACAAAUUCUCACCGGCAGCGGUGAUUCAACGUGUGCACUGUGGGACGUUGAGUCUGGUCAGUUAUUGCAAAGUUUUCACGGUCAUACUGGCGAUGUGAUGUCCAUUGAUUUGGCACCAAAUGAAACUGGAAAUACAUUCGUAUCUGGAAGUUGCGAUAAAAUGGCAUUCAUUUGGGAUAUGCGGUCUGGAUCGGUUGUACAAUCGUUUGAGGGCCAUCAAUCUGAUGUGAACAGUGUCAAAUUUCAUCCAAGUGGUGAUGCCAUCUCAACUGGAUCUGAUGAUAGCACGUGCCGUUUGUAUGACAUGCGUGCUGAUAAGGAAGUGGCUUGUUACGCAAAGGACAGCAUUAUUUUCGGCGUAAACUCCGUGGACUUUUCAGUGAGCGGCCGUUUAUUGUUUGCUGGCUACAAUGAUUACACCGUUAACAUUUGGGACACACUAAAACAGCAGCGUGUCUGUUUAUUAUACGGGCAUGAGAACAAGGUGUCAUGCGUCCAAGUUUCACCAGAUGGAACAGCUUUGUCUACAGGAAGUUGGGAUUAUACUCUCAGAGUUUGGGCUUAAACAUUUUUUUUUUGCCAUUUACUGUGAAUCUUCAAUUUCAGGACUAUAUUCUGCUAAACAUAACGUUCGUUUUAUGCAUAGCUCCAAAAUGCACAAAAUCAUUGACUUCAAUGAACUAAUCAGUAUUAUUUAUUUAUUCAUUUAUUUAUAGUAAAAUUUAUUUACAUUUCAUUUCAUGGCAUUCAUUAUCGAUCGUUACUUUGUUUUGUUGAUGUUUCGUUAUUUAUUUACCUUAUAAUAUUUCAAACCAAUUUGUGAUUAGAACAAAAUGCAGCCAAAGUAAUUAAUGCAAAAGCAAAAUUUCAGAUUUUAGCCAAAAAAUAUAAAUAUUUGAUUAGUCAUAAAUCCAAUAGAUUUGAAAAUUGAAAAAAAAAUUCUUUUGUUUUGUUGUAGACUAAUUUUCCGUGUAUCCACGGAUGAUAGUUUAUUAACCGA